CUGGCGGUGAUCUUGAGCCACCAGUGCGUGGGCAACGUGCAGGAGAUGCAGCCCAGCAGCAGCUGGGCCACGCUGGCCCAGCAGACUGCCUUGCGCUUGGAGCUCGCGCUGCCGGACUGGGCUGAGGUCAACGCGUCCAAGGACCUGGACUACAGCGGCGAGGAUGUGGCGCGCGUCCUCCCAUUCACGCUUGGAGGGAUCUUUCCAGGGCUCCCACCGAAUGGCGUAGCGGCCGCCUUGCAGGCGAUUGACGUUGCCGACGAGCAUGUCGUCGGGCGGCCUGUAGGCCCUUCGCUGGCCUUGUUGCCCCGCGACGAGUGGCCGGAGAAGGUCCCGAUGGCGGCUAUCCAGACGGCCACGAGGCAGGAAUGGCACAGCAUCUCGGCGAAGCUGGUCGAGCUUGGGCUGGCCGCGCCUAUCGCUGAUGAGAAGAUCUUCGUGGUGGGCAACGCGAAAGUCUUGGCGGGCGCCUUCGGCAUA